AUGCCGUUGUACGAUACAAUGCUGCAGGAAAAACCGGCCAUCGUGCUGGAAAUCGGUACCGCACUGACCAAAUUGGGCUUUGCCGGCGAACCAUAUCCACGCAGCAUCAUACCAUCGGAGGUGCUCGAUCAUGAGGCAAAAAAUGCGGGCCUAACCACCCCGAACCGUAAGCUGUUCGAUUACACCAGCGAGGUGGAGCUGUACGAUUGGUUGAUCGAGUUUUUAAAGACCGUUUUCUUCAAGUACGUGCUCGUCAGCCCAAAGGAACGCAAAAUUGUGAUCGUCGAGUCCGUGCUCUGUCCGACCAUCAUUAAGGAAAAGUUGGCUCGUGCACUGUUCUGCCACUUUGACGUGUCGUCAGUAUUCUUCGUACCGACGCAUCUGGUCGUGCUGGCCACACUAGCGGUCGAAACAGCCCUGGUGGUAGAUAUCGGGUACAAGGAAGCGGUUGUGGUGCCAGUAUUCUGUGGCGUACAGGCACUAUACGCAGCGGAAGCACAACCACUCGCAGCUGAAAGUGUGCACGCCGAAAUCAGGAGACAGCUGUUGGAGAACGGUGUGGAUGAGAAGCUGCUAACUGAAACGAUAGUUGAGGACAUUAAGAUACGCACUUGCUUUGUAACAACAGCGGAAAGAGCGGCCAAAUUUCGGCAACCGGAUGAUGCAUCAAUUAAACCCUGCCCGGAUGUAGAUUACCCAGCGAAAGGUGAUGCGAUGAUUAAAGUAACCGGUCGACUGCGUGAAACUGCCUACGAGGUGAUGUUCCCGGAAGACAACGAUCGGCUCGGCCUACCGUACAUCAUCCUAAACGCAAUCCUCAAGUGUCCACGUGAUACACGCGUCCCACUAGCGAACAAUCUCAUCCUGAUCGGUGGCUCAACGAUGGUGCAAGGUUUAACGGCACGUUUGAAAUCGGAACUGUUGAAACUGCUAAAAUCGGACCUCUACAAAGAUCGCCUCUUUUUGCAAACGUUUAAAUUCCACAGCGCACCAGCCGAAGCCAACUUUACCGCGUGGCUCGGGGGGUCUAUUUACGGUGCGACGGAUCUCGUACUGACCAAAUCCAUCUCGCGGGAAGCGUACAGCAAGAAUCAAACCAUUCCUGAUUUUACCAACUAUGAGGAAUCGCGCACUGCCCCGAUGCGUGGCUGACGGCAGAAGAGCAAGG